AUGUCCGCCCCGCAGCCAUCCACCCCCCUAGAUCAAGCCACUCUCCGCGGGCUGAUGCUCUUGUCCGAAAAAGUGGAACGGCCUUCCGGCCAGGCCUGGGAAGAUGCCAUCCAUUAUUCCCGCGCGGUAAUCAUCUCCCCGCAAGAUACCGUCCGCAGGGCCACAUCUGUCUGGGCUCGUUCUUGUUCGGAUUUGCACAAAACGCUAUUGGGCAGAUUCGGGCCAGCGGUGAUUGAGGCCGCGCGUGUUGGAUGCCAGACCGUCUUGUCGACGCAUUACAAUGGGGACGGGUCCGGCGUGGCACAUGUGGAUAAGAGAGCCAGCUUCAAGCGACACUGGCAGGACCUUCAAUUGGGAAGUGCCUUUUAUCCUCCUUCGAGCCCGCUGGCGGUGGGCUGUUACGAGUCCGGGACGAUGGUUUGCUCCCUGGUAUUGUCAGCAUGGAUGCCCGCUGAAGCGGCUGUGAAAUUCGCGAGCCUUUCUCAUCUGUCUGUUUGCGAUGACUUCGGGAGCUUCACUUCAAAGGAUGCAGAGGUUCGAGUCCGCAUGGUUGCUCUGGCUAUUGGGGCUGCCUAUGAAGGAAACGAAAAGGUCGUCCACUCGAUCCUGGAUGGGACGGCUUUGCAGGCGGUGGGAACCGCGGACACGCUCACGGUGGCAGCGGCCAUGGCGUGGAGGGCCGUUGGUGGCUGUGCCACGGUUUACAGCGGGUAUGUAUUUGCUAAUGAUUCUAUCGAGCAGGGUUUGGUAGCACCUGAAGUCAUGAUGGCGGUUCAUGACCUUCUCGAUUGGAGGAGUGAUACAGCAGCUGGGAACCACGAGAAUGCAAUCUCAGCUGUCUGUGGAAUGGGGGUAGCAGAUCCAUUCCACACCUUUGUCGAGGCAUUGUUGGAGAGGGCUCUAUUUAAGUCUUUGUCGGGGGCGUACGGGGUUGGUGCAACUACACUCAUGCACUUUACGGCGGCUCGCUAUGCUGCGUAUGAGUACCGUGGUACUCACGGACCCCCGUGCCUAAAUUGCAUUCAACGUUUACGGGAAGUGACACUCGGCGCAGGACUGAAGUGGUCUCCGACGCCUCCGCCGAGCAGCUUCGAAGAGGGCCACCGCAUACGCCAACUGGGUCAGCGUUGGGUGGAUUACUAUGAAGACCAUGGGCUCGUUCAGGAGGGACUGGGCUGGUUUCAGUACCUUGUGGAAACGGGCAAGAUUGGGCUCUUUGAUGUGAUUGAGAAGGGUGUUGUUCCUGUUGAUAUGACUGCUGGCUGGGUGUGA